AAUUAAAAGAUCAUCAAUGCGUCUUAGCUGUGGGGAAUAAUCCGAGCUUAUUUAAAGCUGGUACCCAUCUCUCUUUCUUUUUCUUUCUUUCUCUAAUCCUAUCAACCAUGACUCAAUCUGAAGAACAUCAAUUCCAUUUCGAUACUUUACAGUUACAUGCUGGCCAGAAGCCUGACUCUGCUACUAACUCUCGUGCUGUGCCUAUUUAUGCUUCCACAUCAUUUGUCUUUAACAACGCAGAACAUGGUGCCAAUCUAUUUGCUUUAAAAGAACCUGGUAAUGUUUAUACAAGAAUGAUGAACCCUACAACCGAUGUCUUUGAACAGCGUAUUGCUGCCCUUGAAAAAGGAGCUGCUGCUGUUGCAGUAUCAUCAGGUCAAGCUGCUCAGUUCCUUGUCUUUGCCACUUUAUGUAAGGCAGGAGAUAACAUUGUGUCGAGUAGCAGUCUGUACGGUGGUACCUAUAACCAAUUCAAAGUCGUCUUCCCUCGUCUGGGAGUUCAAACCAAGUUUGUGAACAGUGAUGAUCCCGAAGAUUUUAAAAAGGCUAUUGAUGAAAACACAAAGUUGCUCUAUGUCGAAAGCAUAGGCAAUCCAGAGCUCAAGGUUCCUGAUUUCGCAUCAUUAGCUAGGAUUGCUCACGAGGCUGGUAUUCCUCUUGUAGUUGACAACACACUUGGUGCUGGUGGAUAUAUAGUCAAACCUAUCGAGUAUGGUGCUGACAUUGUCGUACACUCUGCAACAAAGUGGAUCGGAGGUCAUGGUACAACCAUCGGUGGUGUUGUCAUUGACUCUGGCAAAUUCCCUUGGAACAAUGGUAAAUUCCCUGACUUUACUGAACCCUCCCCUGGAUACCAUGGAAUGAAGUUUUGGGAUACGUUUGGCCAUCUUUCUUUCAUCGCUCGUCUUCGAACAGAAUCUCUUCGUGAUAUUGGCGCUUGUCAGAACCCUUUUGGUUCCUUCUUACUUCUCCAAGGCUUAGAAACGCUCUCUCUUCGUGUUCAACGUCAUCUUGAGAACACACUCGCCUUGGCUGAGUGGCUUGAUGCCAGGGAUGAUGUCUCUUGGGUCUCUUAUCCGGGUUUAAAGAACCAUCCAUCUCAUGAGCUUGCUUCCAAGUAUCUCAAGAAUGGCUACGGUGGUGUCUUGACAUUUGGUGUCAAGGGUUCAACUAAAGUGUUUAUUGAUUCACUCAAGCUUGCUUCUCAUUUAGCCAAUUUGGGUGAUGCCAAAACACUGGUUAUUGCUCCUGCGUUAACUACACAUCAACAAUUAUCAGAUGAAGAACAGCUCUCUGCAGGCGUAACCAAGGAUAUGGUUCGUGUAUCUGUUGGCAUAGAACAUAUUGACGAUAUCAAAUGGGAUUUUGAUCAAGCACUUGUAAAAGCGGCAGCAACAGAAUCUUCAUAAUUAUUACUAUUACUAUUAUUGACUACUGUUAUCACUCUAUUCUAUAUAUAAUAAACCAUACAGGGUUACAUGUUCAGACACCAUUUCUCUGCUAAUUGU